UCCAAGAGGCUACUUCUCUUUCAGGAAUGGAUAACCAGACCGUCCUGGCCGUCCAGUCGUUGUUGGAUGGCCAAGGAGCAGUCCCUGAUCCAACAGGCCAGAGCGUCAGCGCACCUCCUGCUAUCCAGCCACUGGAUGAUGAGGAUGUCUUUCUCUGCGGGAAGUGUAAGAAGCAGUUCAACUCGCUGCCUGCGUUUAUGACCCAUAAGCGGGAGCAGUGCCAGGGGGGUGCCCCGCCCCUGGCCACAGUCUCUCUGGCCCCCAACAACAUCUACACACCUUCUGCACCACCCGCUGCAGUUCAGCAGGCCCCGCCUCCUGCCAGCCGCCAGAUCUCCACGUACAUCACAGUGCCGCCGUCCCCACUGAUCCAGACCCUGGUGCAAGGGAACAUCUUGGUGAGCGAUGACGUGCUCAUGUCUGCUAUGUCAGCCUUCACGUCCCUGGACCAGCCCAUGCCCCAAGGACCCCCACCAGUGCAGAGCAGCCUGAAUAUGCAUUCUGCACCCAGCAACCUGGGCCCCCCUGGACGAGCCAACCCUGGUGGGAGUGGCGUGGUGGAGGUGUACAACGCCCCGGCACCCCUGGCUGGGAGUGGAACAGUGGAGAUCCAGGCGCUGGGCAUGCAGCCCUACCCACCCCUGGAGGUGCCAAACCAGUGUGUGGAGGCUCCAGUGUACCCCACCGCUCCAGUGUAUAGCCCUGGGAAACAGGGGUUCAAACCAAAAGGACCAAAUCCCGCCACCCCCAUGACCAGUGCCACAGCAGGCACAGUGACCACCUUUGACUCCACACCAACGCUGAAGACCCGACGGGCCAAAGGUGUCGGUGGACUCCAAGAAGGGAAACCCAAGGCCCAGAAGCUCAAGUGCUCAUACUGUGACAAGUCAUUCACCAAAAACUUUGACCUGCAGCAGCAUAUCCGAAGUCACACCGGGGAGAAGCCCUUCCAGUGCAUCGCAUGUGGCCGUGCCUUUGCUCAGAAGUCCAACGUCAAGAAACACAUGCAGACCCACAAGGUGUGGCCUCCCGGGCGCAGCGGUGGCACCAUCUCUCGAAACUCUGUAACGGUACAGGUCAUGGCGCUGAACCCCAGCAGGCAAGAGGAUGAGGAAAACACAGGGUUGGCUCAGGCCCUGGCCAGUGCCCCACAGCCCCAGGCCUUGCCCACGGCAGGUGAGGAGGAGGGGGACAAGCUGGAGACCAAGCAGGUCGUCCUCAUCGACAGCUCCUACUUGUGCCAGUUCUGCCCCAGCAAGUUCAGCACCUACUUCCAGCUGAAGUCCCACAUGACCCAGCAUAAGAAUGAGCAGGUGUACAAGUGUGUGGUCAAAAGCUGUGCCCAGACGUUCCCGAAGCUUGACACCUUCCUGGAGCACAUCAAGAGCCACCAGGAGGAGCUGAGCUACCGCUGCCACCUCUGUGGCAAGGACUUCCCCUCGCUGUACGACCUUGGUGUGCACCAGUACUCCCACAGCUUCCUGCCACAGCACAGCCCCAAGAAGGACAGCGCCGGCUACAAGUGUGUCAAAUGUGUUAACAAAUACUCCACUCCUGAAGCUCUGGAGCACCACCUGCAGACUGCCACUCACAACUUCCCCUGCCCGCACUGCCAAAAGGUGUUCCCUUGUGAGCGCUAUCUGCGGCGACACCUGCCCACCCACGGCAGUGGAGGCAGGUUCAAGUGCCAGGUGUGCAAGAAGUUCUUCCGGCGAGAGCACUACCUCAAACUGCAUGCUCAUAUCCACUCAGGUGAGAAACCCUACAAAUGCUCAGUGUGCGAGUCCGCAUUCAACCGCAAGGACAAACUGAAGAGACACAUGCUGAUCCAUGAGCCAUUCAAGAAAUUCAAAUGUCCCUUCUCGACACACACCGGCUGCAGUAAGGAGUUCAACCGGCCAGACAAGCUGAAGGCUCAUAUCCUUUCCCACUCUGGCAUGAAGCUCCACAAGUGUGCCCUGUGCAGCAAGUCCUUCAGCCGCCGCGCCCACCUCACCGAGCACCAGCGAGCCCACACAGGCAACUACAAGUUCCGCUGUGCUGGCUGUGCCAAGGGCUUUUCCCGCCACAAGCACCUCAAGGAUCACCUCUGCCGCCUUGGCCCACAAAAGGACAAGGACUUGCCUGCCCGGAGGCCGCCCCGGAGGAGGGCAGCUCCCCGCAGUGGCAGCACUGGGGGGCGCAAGGUGGUGGCCCCGCUCCCUGACCCCUUGGGACUGGAGGAGCUGAAGGAUGCAGGGGCUGGGCCAGUGCCAGAGGCCGCCCCCGGCAAGCCACCCUUCUCAGAGUCAGACGCUGUGCUGUCCAUCGUAGUGGGGGGUCCGGUGGGGGGCGAACCUGAGCUGGUAGUGCCUGGGCAUGCUGAGGGCCUGGGCUCCAACCUGGCCCUGGCAGAGCUGCAGGCUGGGGCGGAAGGCCCGUGCGCCAUGCUCGCUGUGCCCGUCUAUAUCCAGGCUUCCGAGUGAUAGACUCCUGCUGUUUGUGUCUACAACCUGGCCUGACUUCACCUUGGGUCUGGGGCCCUUGGGCACACCCACGACCCUUCCCAGUGGAAGCAAGCCCUCGGCUGUGUCCCCUUUCCUACUGGGAAGUCAUGCGAUGUUCUGGGACGUGGGCCGGGGCUGCCUAUGGCUUCCCGGCACUGGCAGUGGCAAGGGAGAUGGUCGAGCCCGAGAGGCCCAGGCUCUAGCAGGUACGGGCCCUCUAAGACAGGAGACAGGUGGUACUGCCCAUACUACCGAGCUGCCUCUGAGUAGCCUCUCAUCGAGCUAUUCUUCAGGACAGCUGACAUAGUAGGAACCCUUUCCUGCUGAACUUUUUCACAUCUGGUUCCUCACAGUAUCCCCAGAUGACUCUGUGAUACAGGCAUUUAGGAUGCACUUGAGUGUGAGGGUUACGAAUGCAACUAACGCCCAGAUCUGGCUUCAAAUCCAAGUGCUGCCACUUACUUGCUGCGUGGCCCUGGGUAAGUCACUUCACCUCUCUGUGCCCGAUGUUCCUCAUCUGUACAGUGGGACUUGUGACAGUACUACCUCAUUGGGUUGUCAUGGGGUCCAGUCUGAUGAAAUACACAAAGGGCUUGGCAUAGUACUGGGUACUCAGGGUGUCCAAUAAAUGUUUUUACCAGGCAGGAACUUUGGCAGUUUUUUUCUUAGCCCCUGGGUGACAGCAGCACUCCCCUCACCAAAGUGGAAAUUGAGGGGAAGCAGUGGGGGUCCCCUGCCCCCUUGUAACAAAAGCUGUGGUGUCCAUACGCCAUGGAUAGGUAUGAUGUUCCCAGAGUGGUUAUUUUGGAACGUGGCCCCAGGGAAACACCCAAGGGGAGGAGCUUAUAUUCACUUUAGAAAAUCAGGAUCAUGGUCCUGGCCCCAAGUUUCUGAAAUCAGAAGCCCCAGCCAGAGCCAGAAGUCCAUCUAGAGCAGGCAUCUAGGAGGUCACAGAUGCCCCCACUUCAGCAUUCCCUCCCCUCUGUCCAGCUAGUCCAGGGCCAAGCAAGCCAGGCAGGAAAGGAGUAAAAGGAACCUGACCCGUGGGUGCUCUUUAAGCUUCUUAACCACCCUGCUGGGCCAGGUUGCCACAGUUACAGGAGAGGAAGCAGAGUUUUGAGAGGAGACGGGGUGGGAUGCACAGAGCUAUCUGCCUCAGUUAGAUGACUGAAUGUCCCGAUGGCUGGCCUGUCCCUCAGAAGUGUGCUGGGCCUGGAGCCAGCCUGUCUCCCUCAUCCUCAGGGGCAUAUGGUGCCAUGGAAGGGGCCCGUGAGAGGCUGUGCGCAGCUGAGCGGAAGGCUGUAAGUGUUGCUGGCCCCGCUCAUGGAGACAGGAAGCCUGCUGGAGGAGAUGUCUGUGAACAGGGCCUUACUGAGAGCUCUCACGGAUGGUUAGAUAGAGGGAGGAUGCCAGGUAUAACAAGGCCUGAGAGAAGACGUUGAGACCUGGGACUGGUGAAUGGUCCAGCCUGCCAGAGACUUGCAGAGGUGAUGAGAUCAUAACACUCCCUAAGCUUCUGCCACCCUCAUCCUGGUACCUUAGCCCCGGCAGGUGAGAAUUGUUAUUUUGCUUAUUUUACAAGUGAGGAAAUGGAAGCAUAGAGAAGUAACAUUUCCUGCACAAACUCAUGCAGCUAGUAAGUCCCUGUGCUGGGAUUCAAGCUGGGUGGGCUGCCACUAUGGGCUCUCAGCUGUUUUUUCUGUUGAAAUGUGGGUUGAUGUCAAAUCGGAGCCUUGGAUGUUGUGUUAGGAAUUUGGACUUGGUUUUCUGCAUAAUGGAGGAGCAUGGAA